AUGUCGGGACAUUCAGGAAGCACACAGCGUGACAUCAGCAACAGCGCAUUCGAUGGCGACACCAGUCUCCACCAGGGAGAUGUCCACAACAAUGUUUACUACAGUUCGCCCCACCCUAUACCCCACGCCGGGGUUAUCCGCGUUAUUCCUUAUUCCCGCAACGAGGAUCUAAUCCAUCGCCAGGAUUUUAUGGAGAGACUCGAUGAGCUUCCGCCGUCAACACCAGAAUCUUGCAGCGCUGCACUUUGGGGCUUAGGAGGCUCCGGAAAGACACAGAUUGCCCUGUACUAUGCCUAUCGACGAUGUGAUAACGACCGAGAACGUUGUGUCUUCUGGGUUCAUGCUGAAAGGGAAGCCACCUUUUCAGCUGACUAUAAGACCAUCGGGAAGAAGCUCGGAAUUGAUAAUAAACUCAAUGGGACAAUGUUGCUUGAUGCAAUUGAAGCGAGGAAAUUACUCGUGGGGGAUACUAGAUAUCCCGGCCACAGCACUCGAAACUACCUACCGUUGGCAAUCUCCCAAGCUGGUACGUAUAUGAAACGCUUAUCAAUAACAGCGAGAGAGUAUCUGGGUUACCUCAAACAAGGAAAGUCUCGAUGGGAUGUGCUUGGAGUGAGUGAUGUUGACCGGCAUCGCCGUCCAGAAGUUGUGCUCGAGACAUGGAAGAUAUCAACAGAGCAAAUCCGAACCGAGAGCAUAAUAUCGUACCAUAUACUGCACGUUAUUGCAUAUGUGGACAAUCAAGACAUACAGCAAGAGCUACUUGGGGUCGUGGCUUCUUCAUUUGCGCUCGAUGGCGAAGACUAUGAAGACGAACAAGACUUAUUCGUACAGACUUCAGAGCUCGAAAUUCCUCAAUCCGUAGCGCGGCUAGAAGAGUUUUCUUUUCUCAACCUACGCCGAACAGAUGACGGCGAGCGACGCUAUGAGAUGAAUAAGCUCGUUCAAGAAGCUGUGCGAUAUGAUCUGAGAAUCAGAAACUUAUUGGAGAAUACAACUUGUAAUGAACCAGAAGAUUUAGAAACAUUCCAUAGUGCCAAGGCACUUCGUAUAGUGGAUGGUCUCUUUCCUAGAAUUUGGGGACCGAGUUCGUGGGCGCAAUGCGAGAGAUAUGUGACACAUGCUGUGCGAAUGGGGGAGUGGGCAGAGAUGAGCGGUACAGAGGCUCAGACAGUCGAUCUACUCCACUAUGUCGCUCAAUUUCUCUAUGAUAGAGGGCGAUGGAGAGAGACUGAGCCAUUGUAUGAUCGAGUAUUCAUUCUCAGACGUGGGAUGCUUGGAGAGAAGGGCCCGGAUACAACCACGGCAAUGUCGAACCUUGCGAUUGUUUACAGUAAUAAGGGCCACUUUGAUAAGGCCCGAGUUAUGCAAGAAGAGGCACUGGAACUCCGACGAUGA